GUUUGUCGUAGCAGCACCAUUUCACCAAGUCAAAUUCCUAUACAUGCAAAUGUAUUUGGCAAAUAAAAGAUGAUACUGAUAGCAUCCAGUGUGUUUACAAAUGGCCAUUCUCUUCAUGUGUCUGUACUGUAGCACCCGGUAUACUGUGUAAACGUGGUGGGAACCCAGAACGCCAACAACCUGAUCACCGUGUCCACAGAGGGCAGGAUGUGCUCCUGGAGUCUUGACAUGCUCUCUCAGCCACAGGAGAGCAUGGAGCUGGUGUACAACAAGUCUAAAGCGGUGGCUGUGACAGGCAUGGCGUUCCCCACUGGUGACGUCAAUAAUUAUGUGGUGGGGAGAGAGGAGGGAACCGUGUACACCGCAUCCAGACACGGCAGCAAGGCGAGGAUCUGUGAAAUGUUCGAGGGCCACUAUGGGCCUGUGACGGGCCUCAGCUAUCACAACGUCGUUGGCCCUGUAGACUUCUCCCACCUCUUCGUCACCUCGUCGUUUGACUAGACUAUCAAACUGUGGAGCACUAAGGUAAGAAGAGCUCUUUAUACUGGACUGUCAA